AUGGUUGAGCCCCCUGCCCUUCUGCGCUCCUGUUCCAUGAGCCGCACGGUGGCCAUGCAGGUGCUCCUCUGCGGCUCCGUGGCGCAGCUCAGGCGGCGUCUCCGCCGGUUUCUGUGGAGCCUGAGAAGAACGGUCCUCCAGGUGGUGUCUCUUCUCAGACCGAAGGGCACAACCGGGAUGCUGACAAUGGCGGCGCUCAUAGCGUUGGUGUUUCGCCGUGGCCCCGGUGUCCGAUGGAUAGCUCGGUCGCAGUACCGGCGCCGAUUCUGGCUGGACAUGAUGCGGUGCGCCCUGACGUACGAGGACUGGGCUCACGCCGCCAGGAUGCUUGACAAGGAGAUGCCCAGGUCGGGAGACACAGGGCUCUACGACGAGGAGCUGAUAAAGAGCAAGUUAUUGGAGCUUCAGCACCGCCGGCGGGAGGGCUCGCUGAAAGACAUGGUCUUCUUCAUGAGGACGGACCUACUGCGCAACCUCGGCAAUAUGUGCAACCCCAGGCUCCACAAUGGCAGACUCCAGGUAACACGGGAAACACCUCGUUAGUCUCCGUCGACAGCGAUACUGACCUAGAUAGAAAUCCGGCGCAGUUGCGCGAAAGAACCGUCUCUUCCAUUAUCUGGGCCAGAUUCUUUCCGCUCGCAUUAUGAUGGACACACUUUAUUGAAGAGUGAAUAAACAAACAAUACAUCUUUAUAUAUACGUUUUAGGUGCCGAAGCUCAUCAACGACUACAUCGAGGAGGUCUCCACUCAGCUGAAGAUGAUCUGCGAGUCCAGGUCUGGUGAGCUCGAUCUGGAGGAGAGGCUCGCCUUCGUGCACGAGACGAGGCACGCCUUCGGCCGCACAGCGCUGCUCCUAAGCGGCGGCGCGACGCUGGCGGCCUUCCACCUUGGCGUGGUGAAGGUCCUGGUCGAUAACAAGCUGCUCCCGAGGGUCCUCGCUGGGGCCAGCGCCGGCUCCAUCAUCUGUGCCAUCAUCGCCACCAGGUCCCGGUCGGAGAUCGAGAGCUUCUUUGAGAACUCCCUCCAGACCAUCAGGUUCUUCGACCGGAUGGGCGGGGUUCUUGCCGUGAUGCGGCGGGUGGUGCGGCAGGGAGCCAUCCACGAGAUCCGCCAGCUGCAGCGCCUGAUGAUGGACGUGACCAGAAACAUGACCUUCCAGGAGGCCUUCGACCGUACCGGCCGGGUCCUCGGUGUCACCGUUUGCUCGCCGAGGAAGAACGAGCCCCCCCGGUGUCUCAAUUACCUCACCUCCCCCAACGUCCUCAUAUGGAGCGCGGUCACCGCCUCUUGUGCCUUCCCCGGUCUGUUCGAGGCUCAGGAGUUGAUGGCCAAGGACAGGUUCGGGAACGUCGUGCCCUACCACGCGCCAUUCUCCGGUAGCUCCGACAAGGUGGCAGCGGCGCCGUCUGCUCGGCGGUGGAGGGACGGCACCCUGGAGAGCGACCUACCCAUGAUGCAGCUCAAGGAGCUCUUCAACGUCAACCACUUCAUCGUCAGCCAGGCGAACCCUCACAUCGCUCCGUGGCUGCGGGUUAAGGAGAUUGUCAGGGCCUACGCGGGCGAUUUCUCCGGCAAGGUAAUAACAUACUAGAUGAUUACCACAUUAAAGAUAUUAUCCUACUAUAUAUAUCUCUGGUCGUUAUUCCUCAACUUCUCCUGCAAUAAUGCUGUGCUUCGAUCGUCCUUCUCUGUAAACAGCUGGCGAACAUCUUCGAGAUGGAAGUGAAGCACAGGUUCAGCCAACUCCUUGAGCUUGGUUUCCCCCUUCGGGGAUUCGCCAAGCUGUUCACUCAGGACUGGGAGGGAGACAUCACCGUCGUCAUGCCGGCCACCCUUGCGCAGGUGGAGAUCCCAGAACUUAAAUCAAUCCAUUCUCUUCGUUCAGACUAUGCACUAUUCCAGAUGUUUGACGAUGUACUCGUUCGCAUCUCAUCAGUACUCCAAGCUCAUCGUGAAUCCGUCCUUCAUGGACCUGAAGAUGGCGCUGAACCAGGGGAGCAGAUGCACCUGGGAGAAGCUCUCCGCCAUCAAGGCCACCUGCGCCGUCGAGUUCGCCCUGGACGAGAGCGCCGUCCUCCUCAACCACAUGCACCGCCUCAAGAGCACCUCCGAGAGGUCCAUGGCGGUGGCGGUGGGGGUGGCGGCGGCCUCAGCCGGCACACCGACUGGAAGGCCUAGUAUCCACCGGCGCAUCCCCUCAUGGCACUACGUCUCCAAGCAGAAGAACCCCAACUUCCUCGAGGAGGACCUUCUCGCCGACUCUGGCAGGAAACCCAGCCCCCCCAGCCCAAAGGUCUGCAACAGUCCCCUAGGAGACGGAGAAGCCGACGAAGCGGAAGCGCCCACUUCGUGGACCAUACGCGGAGGACAACUGAGGAAGACGGCAUCGUCAAGGAGACUCGCCAACUUCGUGCAGAGCCUGGAUAUCGCCGCCGUGAAGGCCUCUCAGAAGUCAACCAUAGAAGCUGAAAUGCGGGAGCAGGAGAACAGGGUUCCUCAUACUCCCAACAGCAUCGUCAUCGCCGACGGCGACCUGCUCCAGCCGGAGAAGGUCCAGAACGGGUACGUCCUUAACGUGGUGAAGAAGGAAGACUAUGUCCUCACCCCCAAGACCGGCAACCCAGAAGAAUACCAUGUUCAGUACUCGGAGGCCGCCAUAGACAGCUCGAGCAGCUCCUGCUCUGGUUCUGAUAGCGGAGAAGACGACGAUGACGUCACUAAAACUGCCCUGGGACACCGCUACGAUGGCCGUGCCGCCUUCGCACGUACGCCGACCGGAGGAGAGACGCCGCUGUACUGA